AAAAAAAAAAAAACACUUCCGGUGGGUGUUAAGAAAGCGUCGAGGGUUUGUCUGUUUUCAUCAUGCUGCUUGUAUGACUCCGAGGGUUGCUCUGUUCGGCUGUUCGCUGUUCGCGGUUCUCGCGCUCGCUGCUCUUCUCUCUGCUUAACGGCUGUGCCGUACACCCUCGUGCGACUUUACUGUGAAGUAACAGCAAUCCUCUGGCGCACUUAGAGGACAUGGCAGCCGCGACCGUGGCUGAGGCGGACCCAGCAGAGACCGAUGGAGCUGCCGCCGCCGCCGCCGCCGCCGCCGCUGCCGCCGCCGCCGCCGCCGCCGCUGCCUUCACGGAUCUUCGCGACACAGGCUGGAAUGAGUCGCAGCUUCGACAGUAUACUUUUCCAACCCGACAGAUACCGCGGCUAUCCUAUACAGAUCCGCGUGCCGAGGUCCUCAUCAAUAACGAGGAGCCUGUUGUAUUAACAGACACCAGUUUAGUAUAUCCAGCUCUAAAAUGGGACAUACCCUACUUGCAAGAGAACAUUGGAAAUGGGGACUUCUCUGUUUACAUAGCAGAAAAUCACAAAUUCUUGUAUUAUGACGAGAAGAAGAUGGCAAACUUUCAGGACUUUGUGCCCAAAUCUCGUCGAAUAGAGAUGAAAUUUUCUGAGUUUGUGGACAAGAUGCAUCAAACAGAGAAACAAGGUGGAAAAGAAAGAGUGUACUUGCAACAAACUCUGAAUGAUACAGUUGGCCGAAAAAUAGUGGUGGAUUUCCUUGGAUUCAAUUGGAACUGGAUUAACAAACAGCAAGCUAAACGAAACUGGGGACCGCUGACCUCAAAUUUGCUGCUCAUAGGCAUGGAAGGUAAUGUGACACCAGCACACUAUGAUGAGCAGCAGAAUUUCUUUGCACAAAUCAAAGGACAUAAGAGAUGCAUCCUGUUUCCUCCAGACCAGUUUGACUGCCUCUAUCCUUACCCAGUUCAUCACCCAUGUGACAGACAGAGUCAGGUCGAUUUUGAAAAUCCAGAUUAUGACAAGUUUCCUAAUUUCACAAAUGCUGUUGGAUAUGAGGCUGUUGUGGGACCAGGUGAUGUCUUAUACAUCCCAAUGUACUGGUGGCAUCACAUUGAGUCCCUGUUGAAUGGAGGAGUGACCCUCACAGUAAACUUCUGGUACAAGGGGGCACCCACUCCAAAGAGGAUAGAGUACCCUUUGAAAGCUCAUCAGAAGGUGGCCAUAAUGAGGAACAUAGAGAAGAUGUUGGGAGAGGCCUUGAGGGACCCGCAUGAGGUUGGUCCGUUGCUGAACAUGAUGAUCAAGGGCAGAUAUGAUCAUGGACUGAGUUAAAGGCCUGAGCUGAACUCUCUUUAGUGUGCUGCUAAGUUUCAGGGUCAUGGUGGUGGUGGGUGGAGGUGACCGCUAAUGUUGACAGCGGAUAGAGCGAUUCUGUGGCAAAGACAACAUGGUUUACAUGUAAAUGGAGUACAUCAAGCACAAACAAAUCUUAAAUACUGGUGUAAUGUGGAUAUGACCAUGCAAUUGUUAAUAGUGAACACAAAGCACAUAUAUUUUUAAAUCUAUGCAAAGCAAUUGCACAAUAAAUAUAGAAGAAAA